AUGCAUUUCCCACUCCUUCCCCCCACUCUCGCCCACAUUCUCACCACCCUCAUCCCUACCAUCUCCGCCACUACCAUCGCCAACACCGACCCCAACCAAAAACCCAUGAUCGACACCUUCCGCAAGUCCUGUGUAAACUGGCAAGUCGACUCCAAAGCCUGCGCCCUCUCCGGCAUCUGCAAGCUCACCGACGACUCCCAUGAGGCAUCCCACCCGAAACUGCAUGGAUGGCGCGAGACCAACCUGGAUCUGAACCAGUGUAUCUGGUUUGAUGCCAAGGAGAGCAUACUCAAGUGGUUUGAGGAGAAAGACGGGAAGGUGGAGGAUUUAUCUGGUCAUAAGAGAGAUACGUGGAGUUCGUUGAAUUUGACGGAACGGAUUGCGAAUGGCGGAGGGCAUUUUGAGUGCUUUGGGCGGAAAGGAAAUUAG